AUGCUGUGUAGUAAUUGUGGUUGUACCAAUGAAGUUGACGAUAUUGAACGUGGUGCUAACCAUAACAAAAAUUCUUCAGACAUCCACCAGGUUGAUUUGGCCGGGAUGGGAGAUUUGAGUAAGAAACCAAACGCUGGUGGCGGCAGUGUGGCUCCAUCGCAUGUUCAUAAGAUAAUUAUGGUUGGAAGUGGUGGAGUUGGGAAAUCAGCGUUGACGUUGCAGUUUAUGUAUGAUGAAUAA